AAUAGAUCGGCGUGCUGUGUGUGUGUGCACCAUUUGCUGUUGUGGAAUGUAAACCCCGGGAUUGUGCAUUGUGGAAAUAUUACUUGUGAUUUCACUGAAAGCUCGAAUUAUUUCUAAGUGUUUUGGUGACGAAAGUCAUGUUUAUGUGCUAUUCCGUCCUGCAGCUGUCAUUGUGAAAACCAAAUGUCGUCUGAAAAAACAAAUUCAAGUAAAAAUGAAAGUGAAACGACAUCUUCCGGACCAACAGUGAUGUUUUUGUGGGUGUGGAACUGGUUUGCUACUUUACCAAAGACUGUAACAAAUUUGUAUGCAGAUCUCAAGAGCGGAGAGCUUUUGGCUCGGUUCACAUUGCUUGAUGCAAUGAUGCAGUUCAUAGUUGCUGUUGCAACGUCAUGCCAUCCUCAAGGUACAUCAGAUGAAGGCUAUGAAUAUGAAGAACAUACUCCAAAUGGAGAUACAUCUUCACCAAACAAGUCUAAGGAUAUCAAAGUGUUUGGAGGUACAGGUCGCACCCUACGCUCUCGGACAAUAGAAGCUAGUUCUUAGUCUAUCUCCAUAUUCCUCAUUUAAAACAUCGAUUUGUGUUGAAGGCUGCUCUUAAAACAAAUGCUUAGCACUGCAGGAGAAUAUUGCAGUUAUAGUUGAGCAAAUGUGCACUGUUUCAAGAAACACUUUUCAAGUCUUCUGUUAGGUUUUUAAAUUUAAAAUUUAACUCCCUUUAAAUUUCUUUCACAUCUAACUUUUAUUUCAAGUAAUUUUAACUGUCCUAAAACAGUUUAACACAUUUAUUCAGUUUGUUAUAAAACAAUCUGAUGAAGAAAGAUACUAAAACCUUUAAUUUUGAUUUUGAAAUGUUAAGUUCUGGCUUUCGAAUGUUUUAUUUCGCAUUUAGGUUAUUUUAAAUGCAUUUUAUCAACCUGUCAGUUCAAUUUUUUAAAUUCAAAUCAGAAAAACAUUUUGAACUUGCUUCAGGAAAAGCGAGCAAUUUUCUGUGAUAUGAAGUGCUUCUCGUGUCUGAUUUCAAAUAGCCAAAGCAUAACAUUAAAAAUGGUGGUCAUUUCCUAGUAGAAUAAUUUUUUUGUUACUUUUGCUGUAGAAAAUGACUCUUUAGAAAGUUUUAGCAGAAUCUCAUUUAUUAGACUAAGAGUUUUUUAUUUAAAUUUGUGGAAAGAUUUAUUUAAAUAGCAUUAUUUUAUUGAUUUUUGCUUGAGACAUUUUUGGUUUGUCUUUAUUUAUGUGUGACUUUAUACAUGAAAUGAUAUUUUGUACAAUAAAAGUAUUCA